GCCCCCAGGGUCCUCCGCCCCACCCCGGCUCCACCCCUCUCCGAACACUGCCAGGUUCUCCAAUCGCUUGUGGAAUUAUCGCUCUACCCAGGCGGUGGUGUAGAUCUCUGCUGCAAUUGGGGCCGUACGAUGGCGGAGAAGACUCAAAAAAGUGUGAAGAUUGCUCCUGGAGCUGUUGUAUGUGUGGAAAGUGAAAUCAGAGGAGAUGUAACUAUCGGACCUCGGACAGUGGUCCAUCCUAAAGCACGUAUUAUUGCGGAAGCCGGGCCAAUAGUGAUUGGUGAAGGGAACCUGAUAGAAGAACAGGCCCUUAUCAUAAAUGCUUACCCGGAUAAUAUCACUCCUGACACUGAAGAUCCAGAACCAAAACCUAUGAUCAUUGGCACCAAUAAUGUGUUUGAAGUUGGCUGUUAUUCCCAAGCCAUGAAGAUGGGAGAUAAUAAUGUCAUCGAAUCGAAAGCAUAUGUAGGCAGAAAUGUAAUAUUAACAAGUGGCUGCAUCAUUGGGGCUUGUUGCAACCUAAAUACUUUUGAAGUCAUCCCUGAGAAUACAGUGAUCUAUGGUGCAGACUGCCUUCGUCGGGUGCAGACUGAGCGACCACAGUUUCAAGCACUGUGGGAGGCCAAGGCGGGAUCACUUGAGCCCAGGAAGGAGUUCAAGACCAGCCUGGGCAACAUGCCCCAGACACUACAGCUGGAUUUCUUGAUGAAAAUCUUGCCAAAUUACCACCACCUAAAGAAGACUAUGAAAGGAAGCUCAACUCCAGUAAAGAACUAAGAACAGCAGAUGACAUGAAGAUAACAUUUUUGUCUUUGACCACUGUCUUUUGAAUGGGCCACAGUGUUUAUGUACUCUUAGCAACUCACAGGAUAAUACAUGUUGACUUUAUUUUGUAAAAUUGGGUUGAGAGGAAAGUAAUGGAUUUUCAUUGUAACUGUCCUUUAUAAUUUAUAUAAAAUGUAUUAUUUUCCUAUAUCCUUGCUUCUUUUCUGAUACUUUACAGUUUAGCUUUUCUUUUGUUAUAUAAACUGCUAGCCACAAAUUUUAGUUAUGUAAAAGACUACCCAUGACAAGAAAGGACAUAUUGUUAUGUAUUUAUAUUCUAGCAUAGACUAAACUAAAGAAAAAUGCUGAUAACCAUCUUUAAUGAGCAUACUUUAAUCAGUUUUUCUACUUGAAUUAAUCUUUUAAUUUUUAUUAUGUGCUAGUUGUAUUAAAGCUAAUGUGUUUAACUUUUCCUUUUGUGGAUUUGUAGCUGUUUAAAAUUUCAGGUGAAAUUUUAGUAGCUAUUGAAUUAAUUUAGACUUCACUUUGUUUUUAAGAAAAACACAGUUUUUUCUUUUUGGUAAAACAAAAAUAAUCAGGGAAAGAUGUCCUCGGUAGAAUACAAAUUAGUGUCAUUCUUGGGCUUCUAAGGACAAUGAAACUAAAAGAGAUUUUGAAAUUUAUAUAAAUUCAUUAAAUUAUUAAUAUUUUAGCAUAGCAAUAAUCACUAAUCAUUGAACUUUAUUAUUCUGUUUAUCUAAUUAUGUAGUGAGCAAAACGUUGAGAAUUUUAUUAUUUCAAAAUUUUUUAAUAAUUUAAGUGUAUACAUUUACUGGAACAUACUUCUCAGCUUUUGAAUUAGUAGAUACUGACUAAUACUAAAUUACUAAAACACUAAGAUAUUUUCUCAAAAUUUAAUUUUAAUUUAUUUAUUUUAGAGACAAGGAUGUCACUCUGUUACCCAGACUGGAGUGCAGUGGCACAAUCUUGGCUCACAUGGAUCACUUAACCUCCUCAAGCUCAAGUGAUCCUCCCACCUCAACCUCUUAAGUAGCUCAGACUACAGGCAUAAGCCACCAUGCCUGGCUUUUUAAUUUUUUUUAACUUUUUGUGGAGACAGGAUCUUGCUAUGUUGCCCAGGCUGGUCUCAAACUCCUGGCUCAAAAUGUAAUUUUUAAUUGUGAAUAGAGAAAAAUGUAUUUUUGAAUUUCUGAAACUGCAAAUUAGCCUAAUUGUUUGAAAUUGAAAUGCUUUUGGUAAGAAUACUCAUGACUAAACUUGGAAAACUAUACUGUAGUGGAUGAAACAUUGAGCUUUUGAGAAAGGAGAACAUAAAUGCCCUAUAUCUGUUAACUGCUGUUUAUUCAUUUUUCAACCCCUGGUGAUCAGUUCAGAAUGUUGUUGUUCAUGGAAAUGUUCUAGAUAAGAGAAAUCAGAAAUUACAAGACAGUCUUUGAAAUUCUA